UAAAUAACCUUGACUGAAUACACGACAAGGCACUUAACUACCAAAAUUAUGAAGCCUGAGUAGGUAUAUCCUCUUUGGAAUCGAUCAAAAUUUCAUAAUUCGAUUGUUGAACAAAUGUAUACAAGGAUUUUCGGAUUGUAAGAAAUAGAUAUAAUCCAAAACAUCUACACACUUGAUUACUGAUAUUUGGUAUUUGAAUGUUGUUGUAAGUGCAAGCCAGGAAAGGAAAAUUGUUGAACAGUUUGUUGUAAUAUAUAUCAUACCUAAUCACAAAAAAAUCUGGACCCUUACAACCGCGGCAUGGAUUUUGGCUUCACAGCAGAAGACAUUAUCCAAGACGGAAGAUGCGAAAGAAAAAAUAUAGAAGAGAUAAAAAUUUGGAUGAAAAAAUUCGCACUUCCACAAGCAACGGAUGAACAUAUUGUUCUGUUUCUUUUAUCUUGUAGGGGUGAUAUUGAAUAUACCAAAAGGACAAUUCAGUCUUAUUUCUAUUAUAUGCACCAUGGAAAGAACAUCACGAAUAAUAGAAAUAUUCACUCCAAAGAGCUGAUGAAACAAGCAACAAUUGUCGAAAGUGUUGUGAUUCCUAAAAGGACCAAGGACAAUUACCAGGUGAUAUUACAGAGGUUAAAGGACUUCUCACAUUGGAAUUUCAACUUGGAAACGUCCAUCAAGUUUCUCUUCAUGACUUUGGACAUGGGUUUGAUCGAUAAACAACCCCCUGAUGGAAUAGUGGCAAUUUUCGACAUGACAGGUAUCAGCAUCUUACAUCUCACAAAACUUAGAGUCAGCCCACUGAAAAUAUUCUUCCACUUGCUUCAAGAAGCCAUGCCGUGCCAAACCAAAGCCAUACACAUCUUGAAUUCUGCCUAUUUCAUUGACAAACUUAUAGCCAUAAUAAAACCGCUGAUGAAAAAAGAACUUUAUGAUAAGCUGUAUUUUCACCAGCCUAACAUGGAUAUGAAGGAAUUCUUCGAAAAUUACGUGGAGGCAGAAUGUAUGCCAUCAGAUUUCGGUGGGAAAUUACCUUCUGUUAGGGACCUCAGCGACACCACGUUGGAAAACAUGAAAAAGAAGUCAGAGUGGUUUGCUGCAGAGGAGAAGAUUAGGAAAAAUUACAAGCCACCUUCUUAGUGUUGCUGUUUUCGUAUUUCACGUUUGUGAAUUUAUUAUUGUUUUGAAAUCAAGUCAUUGCUCGUCUUCAAAUUAAUACUCAGAGAAGUUGAAAUUACUAUUCCUAAUAAUUGUUAAUCGCCAAAUCUGGUAAAAUAAAGUUUGUU